ACGAAGUUUUUAAAUUGUCAAUUCAUAUCCCGUCUAAUUUGCCCACUUGCUUUGGAACUUAUGCUCGUAAGCUGAUAAAAUGGCUAGCAUUUUAAGUACUUCCAACCUACCUAAAAUAUUACUUGCCAUAUCACAAUUGAUAAAUAUAACUCUUUUUGGACUAAUUAUUUCGAUCCUAAUUCAUCCUCUCCUGAUAUAUUACCUUGACGCUAAUGGAAAAUAUGGUAAAGCAGACUUUUGUUGUUAUGCAUUCCUUGCAAGUUUAUAUAUUGCAAUAGCUUUUGUAAUUGUUUCAUUAAUUCAUACUAUUUGUGGAAUAAUCGGAAGUAUCGAAUGUAACAAGAUAAAAAAUUCGAUGCUGUUUGGUUUUGCGCUAUUAAUUAUCUUAAAUUUGUCUGCAAUAAUUUCCAUUGCCGUAGAAAACGAUUUAAUGAAUGAAAAGCAAUUAAGCGAUGUAACACAUGAAGAAAUAAAUAAUUACAUCUUUUUUAACCAUUCUAUCUUUUUGGAUACUUUGCAUACUCAGUUUGAUUGUUGCGGAGUAUCUGGUUGGAAAGAUUUCGUUAUAGAAACUGAAAAUCUAACACCAAAAUCAUGUAGAGAGCCUCAUCUAAAUACUGGAUGCAUUACAGAUUUAACUUCUUUUAUCAAAACUAAACGCAAUGUUUUAGUUUCGUUUUACGUUUUAUUUAUAAUUUUCCAGAUAAUCAGUUUGAUAUCAGUAUUAUAUCCCGGAUUCAAACUUAAAAGAAAAACUAAAUCGGAAAACAAUGAGCUUCAAAACCAAACUAAUAAUUCAUAAGAAAGUAUUUUCAGUUUGUUUAACAAGAGAUUUAAAAAUUACACCUAAUAUUUUAUGACUUAUCAUUUUUAUGUUUAUAUAAUUCUGAAAUUAAUUAUUAUGUAAUUCAUUUAUCAUUUGGAAAACUCGUGUAUUUCUGGAACAAAAAUAAACGUUUU